AUGGCAAACCAAAUAACAGAGGCCUCGCUAAAGCAGGCCCUCACCGAGCGUCUGCAGGCAAUUCACGUCGAGAUCUCGGAUAUGUCAGGCGGCUGCGGACAAGCCUUCACCUCGACAAUCGUCUCCCCCGCCUUCGAGAAACAAACCUCCCUGAAGCGCCACCGCCUCGUCAACGCCGCCCUCAAGGACGAGAUCGCCCAGAUCCAUGCCUGGAGCGCAAAGUGCCAGACGCCCGCCGAGUGGGAGCGCGAUAGAGCCGCCGCCGGCGGAGGCAGCGACGGCCCGCCGAUGGACGGGACUGUCGGCGGCAGGGUGGAGGGUGUUGCGCAGUGA